AUGCCUCUAUUCGCUCCGGGUGCCAGGAAUUGCCUCAAACGGCAAACAUAUCAAUUACAACAUACCACCAACCGGACCCCAAUAAAACCCCUCCUAUUCUUCUCUCAACGGCUCAUCCGCAAUAUGCACCUCCCAUCACCACACAACAUUACGUCACAACUCAACGUGAAGAACAAAAUACUUCAAUAUCCUGCUAGAUGGCUAUCGUUAUCAUCAUCAUCAUCAUCAUCAUCAUCAUAUGCCAGGGGUCACCAAGAUUCUAAGCGUACCCCCUGGAUGCCCUUCAAUUACAAUGAAGCCGAUGUAAUCGAACAGAACAUGCUCGAUAGCGGGUUCCGGACCUGGGGCCUCGUCACCUAUCGAUGCACCUACAAGAGUGAUCCAGACUGGGAGGAAUUUAUGUCUCGUGUUCUUUAUCAGGUUCGGAGCAGACUCGAACCUCUCGACGGCCUAGACAUGCUUGAUUCAUUCGUGCCGACUGUGAUGGACAACAAGACGCAGUUUGAUGGGGUAACACCGUAUAGUGUUCGGGAUCAUUUCAAUGAGUGGGCAUCUACGGCGUGUGAAGCUGAGCAAGGGGUUCCGUUUACUCGGGCCCGGUGGUCGCCGACGGCACGGUACGGACUCUGUAUCAUGGUGGAUGAGGAGGCCUUGCGGUCCGUUCUGGACAUUCCACGUGAGGAAUUGGACGGAUAUAGUCACACUGGGUUUGUGAUUCUGGUUAAUGGCAGGCAAGUGGCCGAGCUGCAGGGUGGGGAGGAAUUCGACGAACCGAUAGAGGAUGAUGAUUUUGAGCCACUUCAUGGGUGCACGCUGGAGGAUGUAGGCUGGAUGAAGUGCAUGCACAAACCUCUGGCUUCAGGAAGCAUACUGCGUCAAGGGCCCAGCGUGCGCGACCACCAUGACAAGUGCUAUCCCGACACAGACGGGCAUCGCGUCCAAUUGCGUUUGGCUAUCCGAGCAGGACAGGUAGCCUACGACCCGAAAAUACCAAACAAUGCUGUCAUCUGUGAAAGGUAUGGGUACCGUUAG